AUGCCGGCCUCCCCCUCAAAGGCACCGCAGUCGAAGACGGUGGAUGCGAGAUGCGUGCGCUCGCAGUCGCUUUUCAUUCCGCUCCACUACAAGACAUUUACACCGGUCGUGGCAAAGCCGAACCCCGAGAUUCAUGAUUUGAUGAUGCGACUGCUCAAGGUCGGUCAGGCCAAUGGACGCAUGACCACAGCGAUCAAAGAGCCCGAGCUGCUGAAGAUGUGCAAAGAGGCCAAGGAGGUGUUCAAGAACCAGCCGUCGCUCAUUGAAAUUGACCCUCCCGUGAUAAUUGUUGGAGAUAUUCAUGGCCAGUACGGCGACCUGCUGCGCAUCUUCAAUGGAUCCGGAUUCCCGCCCGAUAAGAACUACAUGUUCCUGGGAGAUUAUGUGGAUCGGGGCAGCAAGAAUCUCGAAGUCAUCUCGCUUUUGUUCUGCUACAAGAUCCUCUACCCCGAGCACUUUUUCCUUUUGCGUGGCAAUCACGAAUGCCUGAAUGUGAACAAGGUGUACGGCUUCCUCGAGGAGUGCAAUCGCCGUUACAAGAGCAUGCGCCUUUGGCAGUAUUUUCAGGACGUGUUCAACAUGAUGCCGAUUGUGGGCAUUGUCGGAGGGCGGGUGCUGUGCAUGCAUGGGGGUCUAUCGCGUGAUAUUGACAGCUUGGAUACGUUGAGGUUGGACAUUGACCUGAUCGCUCGGGCUCAUCAGGUCGUCCAGGACGGCUACGAAUUCUUCGCCGACCGCAAGCUAGUGACCGUCUUCUCAGCCCCGCAGUACUGCGGCCAGUUUGACAACAACGCGGCCACGAUGGAGAUCGCCGACACGAUGCAGUGCUCUUUUCAGGUCUAUAAACCGACGGCCAAGGCCGUUCGGCUGGCCAUGGCCAAGAUCAAGGAGCUGCAGCUCGAGACGUCGCAGGAAGCGUGGCCGAAGCAGGAGGCAAAGCCAAUGGGGCCCACCGAUGGGACGACCGCCCAGGAC